UCACAAUUAUCCUUUAAAAGAGGCAAUUCUCCCCCAGAAUCCCACUAAGCACUUGAUAUUCAGUAGCAGUACUAGCUAGUACUCUAUCUAUAGCUAUGGCUUCCAAGAAAUUCAUUGCCACCAUUUUGAUCUUCUCCCUUCUUUUUCUCUCAACAUUUUCCAGUGCUUGCGAUCCUUGCCACCCCAAGCCAAAGCCUUCCCCCCCAACAGCACCAACUUGUCCUAAAGACACGUUGAAGCUAGGGGUCUGUGCUGACCUCCUUGGACCUGUUAAUGUUGUUGCUGGAACUCCACCUCGCAGCAAGUGCUGCAGUUUGCUUGAGGGCUUGGCUGACAUGGAAGUUGCCUUGUGUCUUUGCACUGCCAUUAAAGCUAAUGUGCUUGGAACCAACUUGAACGUGCCCGUCGCGCUCAGUGCAAUUGUUAGUGCAUGUGGCAAAUCCAUCCCUCCUGGUUUCCAAUGCUGAUGAAGGAUGAUUCUGGCACUGGCCCGUAUUAUUGUUUCUGUUUUGGGCAGCAGCUUGUAAGAGCGGCAUGUUGCUUGAUGUAUGAUCUUCUAGCUGGGUUUAAGAUCUAAAGGGUUUCUCGUCCAUUCCAAAAACGUCUUAGAGGAAGGGCAGGGCUACAUUAUCUGUGAUUUGUUCAAAAAACUUGGCAAGCCCGUUUGCCUAGGACUCGUGUACUUUUCUCAUGUUGGUCGUAACUCCAUCAAUUUCUUCUGUAUUAUCUUGAAUUAAUUAGCCAGUUGGGUUUGGAUGUGCUUUAACUA